AUGGGAGGAGUCAACUACGCCAGACGGAGCAAGACGGCGGCGCAUGAGGAGCCCGACGAGCAGGACUCCUCUUGGGAGGAGCUGCCCACGCCGCCGCGGUCGCCGCCCCUGCCGGUCGGCACCGCCUGGAGCCCGGGCCCCGCCGCCGGGACGGCCCGAGGGCGAGCGAUGCUGGGCGCGGGGGGCGGCGGCGCGGGGGCCAAGCCAGCCAAGCCCUCCUUCGUUUCCUACAUUAGCCCUGAGGAAGUACACUUAAGAGAAUCCAUUGAAAAGGAAGUAAAUCCUCACUUACUGCCAGGUGAACUGUUGCUUUGUGAAGCAGACAUGGUUUUGAAGUGCAUACAAGAUGAUGGAUCAAAUCGUGGCACAUACGGAAAACUUACUUGCACAAAUUUCAAGAUCUCAUUCCUUGGUUAUUGUGCUUUAGAAGAGGAACCAGAGUUUAAGAAUAAAGUCAUUGGGGAAAAUGACAUCACUCUUCAAUGUGUAGACCAGCUCUAUGGAAUUUAUGAUGACAGAAAAAAACCUUUAUACAAUCAGCUGAGAAGAUACCCAGAGAAAAUAAUAAUCUACUGCAAGGAUCUGAGAGUGUUUCACUUCUGUUUGAGGUACACAAAGGAAGAAGAAGUAAAAAGGAUUGUCAGUGGCAUAGUUCACCAGACACAGAUACCUAAGCUAUUUAAACGCUUGUUUCUGUUCUCUUACGCAACAGCUGCACCAAAAGAUACAGAAAUAAAAAAUCAAACAGUGAUGUUUGACACCAUUAAAGACUGGCGUCAAGAGCUGGAACGGACCAAAGGGAACCUGAAAUACAAAGCAGUGAGUGCCAACGAAGACUACAAAGUCUCUAAACAGUUUCCACCCUACUUUGUUGUUCCCAUGGCUGUCUCUGAAGACAGCCUUCUGCAGUAUCAAGGAAAAGGCGUUCCAAUCUGGUGCUGGUCUUGCCACAGCGGUGCUGCUCUUCUCAAAAUGUCAGCUUUCUCCAAAGAACAAGAUGACAGCGCUUCACAGAUGCACAAAACCUUCUUGGAAGGAAUGUACAAGACGGUUAAUAAGCCACCUUACGAAGCCAUGAAAAUUGAUGACCUUUCAAGCAGUCUUCCAUCUGUACAAGAUAUCCAAACGGCAUAUACUAAAUUUAAACAGCUGUUUCUAGUAGAUAAUAGUUCAGACUUCUGGGAUACUGAUGUAAAAUGGUUUUCAUUACUGGAAAGUACAAAUUGGCAAGAAAUCAUAAGACGGUAUCUGAGAAAAGCAAUAGAGAUUAUUGACUUGCUGGAAGCACAGAAUACAAAUGUUCUCCUUGUAGAGGAGAAUGCUUCGGACUUGUGCUGUGUGAUCGCCAGUCUGGUUCAAAUCAUGAUGGAUCCGUACUGCAGAACAAAGCUGGGAUUUCAGAGCCUCAUUCAGAAGGAGUGGAUAAUGGGAGGGCAUGCUUUUUUGAAUCGAUGCAACCAUCUGCGGCAGACUGAAAGAGAAGAGGCACCCGUUUUCUUGCUGUUCACCGUCUUGUCGGAUUGCUUGUACAUACCUGUAUUCAGCACUUUCUUCUUCAAUUGUCAACAUCAAAAAGAUACUGCUGUGGCUGGCGGAAGCUAUGAUGCAGAAAUUGGUCCUCUUAGCUUCCUUUCCGUUUGGGAUUGGUCUAUGCAGUUUGAACCUGAAGCCCUGGCUUUGCUUAAUAACCCCCUUUAUGCAGAAAAACCAAAAUUAGAUAAAAAUCAGAGGAAAACCACAAGGUUCAAGCAUCAACGGCAGCUUUCUUUGCCCCUGACGCAAAGCAAACCUCCUCCCAAAAGAGGUUUUUUUAAGGAAGAAACUGAUCAAUUAAUUAAAAACAUUCUGGGCAAAAGAAUCAGCAGGCUGAUAACGUCUUCUGACGAACUUCAAAGUACCUCUAGAGAGUUCUAUGACAACUGGCACUAUAAACCUGUCGACUUGCAUGGGAUCCUCCUGCCCCGCCUCGAAGGGCCAGGAAUCAGAGUGUGGGCACAGAGAUAUUUACGCUGGAUCCCUGAAGCUCAGCUUCCUGGUGGUGGCACAGUUGCCACUGCAACUAUAAUCUUGGACACGAUGGAAGACGUACAGAGCUUGCAGAAGAAGGUGGAUGAAAAACACAGUGAGGCUGUGUCUUCAGAAAUGGAAACUUCUGCCUUAACCAGAAAUCCUGCUCGCUUGUCAUCUUUAUUUCCAUUUGCUCUGCUUCAAAGACAUUCCUUCAAGCCAGUCCUGCCUACUAGUAUUUGGAAGGACUUGGGAAGUGAGGAAGACUUGGCCAGGAGAGAUGAUGACUUUGUUGAAAUAGGUGAUGAUUGACAUGAAGCUAGUUGAUGUCUGACAUGAAGCUAGUUUAGUUUUUUUUUUAAUUGCCCAAAUAAACAUACUGACACUUUUCAGUCUACCAGCCUGUUAAAACAAUUGGUUUUUAGUGGUGGGCUUUCCCUCCUGGCUAAAGCUGCCUUGUGAAUUUUUAGCGCUGGAGUAUUUUCUUUUAGAAACCCCAAUAUUUUUCCAGAUCAGUUUAGAUCGAGCAUAGUUGAAUCAAAGUUCCUUGUAGUAGGAAUGGGAGGCGCAUAGUUGUAUUCAGAAGGUGGGUUUUAGUUGCUCCGUAACUGCAGAAAGACUUCUCAGACUUCUGAAGGACCUUCUGUGCAGAAAGUGGCAGAAAACACUCACAAAAAUUGGGACCUGGGCUAGUAUUAGUCUUCAUCUUAAAUUGCAUGGAAGACUGGUAAUAUUGCUUGCAUAUCUUUAGUUUCCUUUUUUAAAAAUUCUGCUACUUAUUUCGACGUCAUCACCCCUUUAAUAUCAGCUGCCAAACCAUUAGUCCUUUUCUUUCUUUGAUUCAUGCAUCCUACCUCUGGUAGACAUCUCAUUCUGUGGAAAUUGGCGCUCAUAGAAUGAUAAGGAAGCAGUCAAUCAGGGCUCUUUAUGUAGCAGGAACUCCUUUGCACAUUAGGCCACA